UUUCAUUACCGUGUCUCCUCGUCUCUUCUACUCCGUACGUAUAGGUGGUAUCUGCAGUUGAUCCUGACGUGAUCUGAUUCAUGGUAAGAAGUCCAAAUGGGUGUUUUUCCUUUUCCCUUUUAUUUGAUUAUCUUUUACCAAAAAAAAAUCACCUCCUUUCUCUGGUAAGGCAAGUGUACAUUUUUUUUCCCUUGUUACUGCUUACUGAGCUGCCUAGCUGGCCUGCCUUCAUUCUCAUCAAAGCCACCCGACCGUGGCUGAAAGUCAAGAACUCCCGUAGGUAGGAGGUACAAUACCCGCGUGGUACGGUAAUAGACGGUACGGGUAUCGUGAUAGUACCAGGGGUCGAGGAGCGAAGAAGAGAACUGUGCGGCUUCGACUUACGUAUUCUGCUGACCGGCCUUA